AUGCUGCGUCUGGCUGCUUUUGCAGCACUGCUGCUGCUCUUCAGGGUCAGUCUGGAACUGUCCUGGGCCCAGGCCAUCCCUGCUCUCUUCAUAUUCUACCUGGGAUCUGGCGGAUGGGACUUCUUCCUCAUAUUCCUCAAGACAAUACGAAGGGAUGUCACCACGGGGCUGGUCCUGUUGCGGGUGAAGUGGCAAGUAUGGAGGCAUGUCAGAGAGAAGAACACAAUUGCCAAGAUCUUCCAGAAGACUGCAAGCAAGUAUCCAGAGAAGACAGCACUGAUCUUCCAAGGCACGGGCGAGAGCUGGACCUUCAGGAAGCUGGAUGAGUACUCCAACCAGGUGGCCAAUUUCUUCUAUGGCCAAGGCUUCCGCUCCGGUGACGUGGUGGCUCUCUUCAUGGAGUCUCGCAACCAGUACGUGGGGCUGUGGCUUGGCCUGGCCAAGAUUGGGGUGGAGACCGCCCUUGUGAAUUCCCACCUGCGCAUGGAAGCCUUGCUGCACUGCAUCACCAUCUCCAACUCCAAGGCUGUGGUUUUUGGGGUGGAGAUGAUGGAAGCAAUGCAGGAAGUGCAGCCCUCCCUGGAGAAAUCCAUCCACCUCUUCUGGUCUGGGGAAGAAAGUCCCCAGUCUGUGCUUCCUGGUGCAAAACAUCUGGAUCCACUCCUGCAGAUGGCCCAUCGGCACCAGCCAACUCCCCCUGAUAAGGGCUUUCUCGAUAAACUCUUCUACAUCUACACCUCUGGCACGACGGGGCUGCCCAAGGCUGCCAUUGUGGUGAACUGCCGGUACUUCCGCAUGUCCAGCUUAGUUUUUUAUGGUUUUCGCAUGAAUUCUGACGAUGUGAUGUACGACUGCCUCCCGCUCUACCACGCUGCAGGGAACAUCGUGGGGAUCGGGCAGUGCCUGCUGCAGGGCAUGACGAUUGUCAUCCGCAAGAAGUUCUCAGCCUCACACUUUUGGGAGGACUGUGUGAAAUACAACUGCACGGUGAGGCCAUGAGGCAGGGGGCCAGCUGGGAGUGGGAAAUGGAGCCUGGGGAUCUGUGCUGUGCUGGGGAGAGCCCAGCUGCUGAAAGAGAGGGAGCACCGCGUGCGCAUGGCGCUGGGCAACGGGCUGCGAGCCUCCAUCUGGAGGGAGUUCAUGGCCCGCUUUGGCAUUGCCCAGGUGGCCGAGUUCUACGGAGCCACCGAGUGCAACUGCAGCCUGGGGAACUUUGAUGGCAAUGUUGGGUCAUGUGGCUUCAACAGCAGGAUUGUACCAGCCGUGUACCCCAUCGGCUUGGUGAAGGUGGAUGAAGACACCAUGGAGCUGAUCCGGGGGCCGGAUGGUGUCUGUAUCAGCUGCAAACCAGGGGAGCCAGGGCAGCUGGUGGGUCGCAUUGUCAAGAGCAACCCCCUGCAGCACUUUGAUGGUUACCUGAACCAGUCAGCCACCAACAAGAAGAUUGCCAGGGAUGUGUUUACAAAAGGGGAUGCUGCCUAUCUCACAGGGGAUGUCCUGGUGAUGGACAAAUAUGGUUACAUGUACUUCCGUGACCGCACCGGGGACACAUUCCGCUGGAAAGGGGAGAACGUCUCCACCACAGAGGUGGAGGGAACGCUGAGCCGCAUCCUCAACCUGACAGACGUGGUGGUUUAUGGGGUGGAGAUCCCAGGGAUCGAAGGGAAGGCAGGAAUGGCAGCUGUUGCUGACCCAGAGAACUCCUGUGACCUAGAGGACUUUGCCAGCAAGCUGAAAAAGGCUCUGCCGCUCUACGCCCGUCCCGUCUUCCUGCGGUUCUUGCCUGAAGUCUCCAAGACAAGCACUUACAAGUUUCAGAAGGUGGAGCUGCGCAAGCAGGGCUUUGACCCUGCGCUGGUGAAGGACAGGUUGUACUUUCUGGACUCCAGGCAAGGGCUGGACCAGGCAGCAGUCAGCAGGAUCCAGUCAGGACAGCAGAAGCUGUAA